UGCCUGCUUUUGUUUGUAUACAUAGAUUUGUAGUUCUUUUGGUUGUAGCAGGUCUGGUUUGGUGUAACAAAGGCACUUCUCAACAAAGCAGCUUUGUUAAUGUCUUUUUCUGCCAUGGAUCUGGGGUGGAAAAGGAUCCACCUCUUAGUUGUCAUCUUGAUUUUCUUGAAACAUGCUGUUGGACAUGAAGGUUGGCGUUCUCCGAAUGUUCAGCCUCAACAGAAUUGGCCCCUUAGGCGAGUCCGGUCUUCUAUGCUGGAGGCUCCAGUGAGUGGAAGCCUGAAUCCCAGCAGGUCUCGGUUUUCCCUUUCACGUCAAUCUGUGAAAGGAGGCUUUUCCAGCAGUUAUGAACCUGUGUCUCCUAUUCAAAGUGCGCCAAGUGUUUCGGACAGCGAUUCAUCAUUGCUACGUCUCCAGGGUUCCCCUAGUCAAAAUGCCCAGAAUGUAGUCAGCCAGUCUGCUAGUAGACCGGGUUCCUACAGCUGGUCUGCUCUCUCUUCUCAGGAUGUCUCUGGACUGCAAGGAGUUUCUGCUCAACUUGCUUCCACACCAGCACAAGGUGGUAGUUCCAGUGGGCUUCCCAUCCUGUCUCAAAGCUCCCCUAGUCUGUUUACCCCUGGCUCUUUGUCAAAGCUUAGUGUCUCACCUCUUGCUAUUUCUGGCCUGCCCACCAGUGAUCAAAGCUCUUCGAACAUGUUUACAGCAAGCUCUCAGAGCAACUCUGGCCUUCAGUUGGGGGGAACCUCUAGUCUGCUUUCUACACAGAGUAGCUCUUCAACAGGAUCCUCAGAAAGUUCCCGCCGUUUGUUUUCUUCUCAGGGCAGCUCUGGGCCACAACUGGCAGGAGGUUCCAGCCAGCUCACUUCUACAAGUGGAUUGCUCGCCCUGUCUCCAAGUACUGAAAGUCAGCGUACCUCUGGAUCCUCGUAUGCCAAGCUUGCUGCCUCACCCCUUGGUUUUAGCCAGUCUAGUAGUGGUCAAAGCUCUUACAGCCAGUAUACAUCAAGCUCCCAGAGCAGGGUUGGCACUCGGGUAGCAGCUUCCCCUCAGUAUCAACCUGGGCAGGGGAGUGGUUAUGGUUUGUCUGUCCAGCCUCAAGGUACCACUAGCCAGUAUGCUCCCAGUAGGUUCUCAUCACUGUCCUCUGCAGGAGGUUCUUUCAGCUCUGCUGAUGGCUCUUCUGUACAGUCUCAAGGUACCUCUAACCAGAAUGCCCUAUCUCCUUUUGGUCCAAAAGUGCCUGUGUACAGUCAAGCUGCUCCAAGUGGACCCUCUUUGUCUCUGAGCCAGCCAUCUCAAUGGCAGUCUUCUGUCUCUAGCUCACAAAGUUUCCAGACUUCUGGUGCAGUGGCAUCACAGAGUAGCUCUCCAUCUCACGGAAUUAAGGCUCCCAGUAGGUUCUCUACCUCACUAGGAAGUCCUAGUCAGUUUGCCUCCACCCAGGAAGGUAGUGGUAGAUAUAGUGGAUUGUCUGUACAGUCUCAAAGUACCUCAAGUCUGUACAGUCCUGGACCCUCUGCAUAUGCCAAGCUUGCUGCCUCACCACAGGGUGUUGGUCAGUCGACCAGUGGACAAAGCUCAUACAGCCAGUAUACAUCAAGCUCCCAGACCAGAGCUGGCACUCCGCUGGCAGGCGUUAGUCGCUUUGCACCCAUGCAAACAGGAAGUACGUUUACUGAUGGCUCUACCUCUAGCCGAUAUGCACUUGCUGCUUUGGAUGCAAAAGUGCCUGUGUAUAGCCAAGCUGCCUCAAGUGGGUCUUCUGCUUUGAGCCAGAAAUCUACUUCUAGGUGGUCCCAAGGAACUGGAACCUCUGGAACUGUGGCAUCACAAAGUAGCUCUCCCUCUCAAGGUUCUAAGGCUCCCAGUAGGUUUUCUGCCCUUGCCUCAGUAGCAAGUCCAAGCCAGUUUGCCUCCACGCAGGAAGGAAGUGUUAGAUAUAGUGGCUUGUCUAUACAAGGUACCUCAAGUCCGUAUAGUCCUUUGUCAUCUGGAUAUGCCAAGCCUGCUCCUUCACCCCUAGGUGUUAGUCAGUCAACCAGUGGGCUGAGCUCUUACAGCCAGUAUACAUCAAGUUCCCAGAGCAGAGCUGACCCUCAGCUGGCAGGCUCUAGUCCCUAUGCACCCAUCCGGAGGGGAGGCACCUCUACUGAUGGCUCAUCUCUGCAGAUGCAAGGUACCUUUAGCCAGUAUGCCCCUUCGCUUUCAAGUGCAAAAGUGUAUAGUCUGGCUGCUCCAAGUGGACUCUCAUUGUCUCCAAGCCAACCAUCUCAAUGGCAGACUUCCUCUAGGUGGUCACCAGGUUUUCAGACCUCUGAUACAGUCGCAUCACAGAGUGGCUCUCUAUCUCAAGCCUCCAAGGCUCCCAGUAGGUUCCCUACCCUUAGCUCUGCACCAAGUCCUGGUCAACUUGUCCCCACACAGGAAGGAACUGCUAGAUACAGUGACUUGUCCAUACAGUCUCAAAGUACCUCAAGUCAGUAUAGUCCUUGGUCAUCUGGAUAUGCCAAGCCUGCUCCCUUACCCCUAGGUGUUAGUCAGUCAACCAGUGGGCCGAGCUCUUACAGCCAGUAUACAUCAAGUUCCCAGAGCAGAGCUGUCCCUCAGCUGGCAGGCUCUAGUCCCUAUGCACCCAUCCAGAGGGGAGGCACCUCUACUGAUGGCUCAUCUCUGCAGAUGCAAGGUACGUCAAGCCAGUAUGCCCCUUCACUGUCAAGUGCAAAAGUGUACAGUCCAGCUGCUCCAAGUGGACCCUCAUUGUCUCCAAGCCAACCAGCUCAAUGGCAGACUUCCUCUAGGUGGUCACAAGGUUUUCAGACCUCUGAUACAGUCGCAUCACAGAGUGGCUCUCUAUCUCAAGCCUCCAAGACUCCCAGUAGGUUCCCUACCCUUAGCUCUGCACCAAGUCCUGGGCAAUUUGCCUCCACACAAGAAGGAAGUGGUAGAUAUGGUGGCUUGUCUAGCCUGUCUCAAGGUACCUCAAGUCAGUAUGGCUCUGGUUCUCUUGCAUAUGCCAAGCGUGGUUCUUCCCUUACUGUUUCUAGCCAAUCUACAAGUGAUCAAAGCUCCUCUGGCCUGUAUGCAUCUGGAACUCAGCUGGCAGGUUCUAGUCGUUAUGUGCCUCUUCAGACAGGAAGCAAGCUUACUGGGGGAUCAUCUUUCCAGUUUCAAGGUACCUCUAACCAGUAUGCCCCUUCUGUGUCCAGUCAAUACACUCAGGCUUCUCCAAGUGGAUCCUCCUUGACUGGCUCAUCUGGAAAAUGGCAGACUUCAGCCUCUACUUGGAGCCAAGGAUUUCAGGCCUCUGGUGCAGCCGUACCCCCCCAAAGCUCUCAGACUUCCAGUGGGUCUUCCUUCCUGCCAGCCCUGAGCCCUUCUGUGGAUUCUCUGGCCCAAAGUUCUAGCUCUAGUUCUCGGAAGACCACCAGCUUCUUUGGUGUAGGACUCAGACCUUCUAAGCUCACGGCUCAGGCUGCUUCUGGCUCCACAAUCAGUAGCCAACUGUCUCCUGCUCUGUCUGCUGACUCCAUGACUUCAUCUCUAGGCUCAAGUGUCCAAGGAGCUUCACAAGGUACAUUCUCUGGUCAGUCCAGUGACUCAACAUCAGUUAUCUCGAGUAGCUAUGGUUCCGACUAUGGCCAGAGUGCUUCAGGCUUUUCCAGAUCUUCUCAGGGCUCCUCUGCUACAGGACGAUACUCAUCUGUCAAGGGCUAAGGCACUGCCACGUACACUUGUAGUGUGAGCUAAUGUCAGUGCUGAAUUGUAUAAAUCGGUGCUUUUUUAUAAUGUGAUUUUUGAAGCAAUAAAUUGCAUUUAAUGGAAA